ACCGGUGGAAUAUAUAUGCCGCAGCUUCGCCGACCGAAACAUAUCUGUACAACAACAUUGUGACAAAGCGUAGCGUUCAUCAAGAAAUCGGUUCAUCAUGGCUGAGAAAGAAAUGGGACUGAUCUGGGGAUCAGGAAGUGGACCCUGCUUUAAAGCAAUGGUUGCUCUCCACGAAAAGGAAUUUGGCGACAUAAAAAAGACUCUAAUUAGUUUUUCUGAAAAGGGACAUAAAGGUCCUGCAGUAAUUGCUAAAAACCCAAAGGGGUCAGUUCAAAUGUUCAGUUCUGAUAGUCCCCAAGAAAAUAGAAGAAUCCGAACCGAACACACACAUGAGAAGUGUAAAAGUUCCAGUUCUGUUCCAACAUUCAAUGAUGGCGAUAUUGUCGUGAACGAAUCUAUGGCGAUUCUUCUUUAUCUGGAGCACACAUACCCAAAUAAGGGCACCAGACUUUUACCAUCGGAUCCAGCGGGAUAUGCCAAGGUGAUUCAAGCGACCAUGGAGGCUCAAGAGAACCUCACUAUGAAGAUCAUGGUCAAAUGCAUAUUUUAUAAUAUGAUGACUGACGAAGCAUCGCGAAAGCAGGAAUCAUUCCAAAAAGCCAUCAAAGCUAAUAUAGAGGAGGCACAGAAAGAACUGGCAAUAUGGGAGGAUAAACUGAAAUUGUCUGACGGUGACUUUAUUUGUGGAAAAGACUUCACACUCGCUGAUGUGGUAUUGUUUACUUUCCUGGCAACAGUUGUACGAUUUGGCAGCUCGCUCGGAAAAUUCCCGGCGCUGAAAUCAUACUAUGAUAGGCUGAGAGAGCGACCAAGCAUUAAAGCUUCAUGGCCACCUCACUGGAGUGAGGGCGAACUGGCAGAUGAGAAAAAGAUCCUCAAAGGAAUUUGAUUUGACUGUAAUAAGAACAGUCUGGAAAAGUCACGUGUCUUUAUGAACUGAAAAGCAUACUGAUCAAAUAUUAUAAAUACUAAAAUUCAUAUAAUAAUAUCUCACCAUUUUGCUAAUACGUGUAUUUAUUUUUAGAAGUUCUCUUGACGUGUAAACAUAUGAUAAUAAAUGUUUAUCUAAC